AUGGCUGCACUCCUCCGACUUUCAUUUGCCAUACUCGUCGUUUGGCUUCUCCUCAUCACAAUCGAUGUAGCGAUGGUAGAAGGCAGGACGUGUCAAAGGCGGAGCAAGACGUGGACCGGGCUUUGUGGCGUCUCAAGUCACUGUGACAAUCAGUGCAGGAGGUGGGAGCACGCGGCACAUGGCGCUUGCCAUUACGACUUCCCUGGAUUUGCCUGCUUUUGCUAUUUCAACUGCUAA